GCUGUGUUGCUAUUGCUGGGCAAUAUCGUUAUUGAAAAUUAAUAAAAUAUCCUUUAAGAUAGCUUUUUAGUAUUUUCAAAAAUGUUUUCUCUGAUUAGUUUUUUGGUUAGAGCUCUUUAAGGCUGUGAAAUAAAACUUAAUCACCACUUUCCGCAUUUUUAAACCUUCAUGAUCAAACUCAUUUGCUUGGGCUUUGACACGUUUUAAGGAUGCGCUGCUGCAUCAGCAGACAAGUCUGGACAGGAGACAAGCGGACAUGGUCCAUUCAGACAAGGAACCCCUCCUUUGCUUCCACCCCUCUUCUGCUAAGAAAGUAGACACUCCUCCUCAUUCGCCGAGACAGAAGUUUUCUCUCCCUCAAAACCCUGAUCGGGCUGUUAGUCCUCCUCGGAGCAUGGCCCACCCUCCCUUAUAAUCUGAAUCUGAGCCUUUUCAUGUCAUGACUCGGAGCUGCUCAGGGUCGAAGAGAUCGAUUCCUCCAACCACCCAGGAUCUCCGAUGCAGUUGACUCUUCUCCCGGGUUUCCACUCUGGUUCUUAUGAAAUAUGCUGUGUUCGCUGAAGUGCUCGCUUCUCUUUUCGCUGCACUUUGUUUUCAUAUUGGCAGCGGGCCACGAUGAGCAAUCUGCCAGACUCCUCUCCUUCUCCAAGGAGCAAGGUUAUUUCUCCCAGUCAGGCUCAGGUCCGUCCAUCGUCCACCCUGUGAGAAUCAGCGCUGAUGGCGAGUUUGUCUCCCACUCCGUGUCCCACCAUUUCAAGGGGAGGGUCAGGCGUGAGCUGCGGCUCCUGUCUCCGGAAGGACAGGUCUACUACAAGCUGAGCUACAAUGGUCGAACUGUAAUCUUCAAUUUGACCAGAAAUAAUCACCUGCUGUCGACUGAAUACAUCCUGGAGAGGAGGAAUGGCAGUUCCAACAGGACUGAGCAUGGCCUGUCUGAGGGGAACUCCUGCCACCUUCUUGGGACGGUGGAAGCCCCUGAUGUUAAAGGAACGGCUGCCAUCAGCACCUGCAACGGACUGAAGGGAUUCUUUUCCCUGCCAGAAGGGCAUUUUUUCAUUGAACCUGCCCAGAAAUUGCCCAGUGAUCCUGCAGGGACUCCAGAGCCACACGUCGUCUAUCCAAGAUUGGUUGUGGAAAAUCAGAGAAGAAAACGCAGCCUGGAGUCCAAACAGACUCCCAGCUCUUGUGGAGUUCAAGAUGCUCCAAGUGACUCUCUCCAGGUGGAAAAAGAAAGGGAGGAAUGGGAGAGGGAGUACUGGAGGGGGGAGGCCCAGGUUCAGUCCCGUUCGCAGCGCUCAGUCAGCCGAGAGCGAUGGGUGGAGACUAUGGUGGUGGCUGACUCCAAACUUAUUGAAUACCAUGGCAGCGAGAAUGUUGAGUCGUACAUCUUCACCAUUAUGAAUAUGGUUGCUGGGAUCUUUCAUGAUGCCAGUAUUGGAAAUGCCAUCCACGUCAUCUUAGUCCGCCUCAUUCUGCUACAAGGAGAAGAGAAAGGAUUGAAGAUUACUCACCAUGCAGAUACUACUCUGUCCAGUUUCUGUGCAUGGCAGAAAAACCUGAAUCCACAGAGUGAUACUCACCCAGCUCACCAUGAUCUGGCUGUUCUGAUCACAAGGAAAGAUAUCUGCGCUGGAAUGAACCAGCCCUGUGAGACUCUGGGUCUUUCUCAUCUCUCUGGGAUGUGUCAACCCCACCGCAGCUGCAACAUCAACGAGGAUUCAGGACUGCCUGUGGCCUUCACUGUCGCCCAUGAAAUGGGCCACAGUUUUGGGAUUCAUCAUGAUGGCCAAGGGAAUGACUGUGAGGUGGGAGGAAAACACCCGUUCAUCAUGUCGAGACAACUGAUGUAUGACAGUUCACCUCUUACUUGGUCCUCCUGCUCCAAAGAGUACAUCACACGUUUCCUUGACCGUGGCUGGGGUUUCUGUUUAGAUGACCGUCCUUCCAGAAGGGACUUGACCACCCCUCUGGCUCGUCUUGGUGUCCGCUACACCACACAUCAUCAGUGCCAGCUCCAAUAUGGUCCGAAUGCUACUUUCUGUCCUGAGGUGGAUAAUGUUUGCCAAAUUCUUUGGUGUUCGGUGAAUGGUUCCUGUCGAUCCAAAUUGGACUCUCCUAUAGAUGGUACUCGUUGUGGACCAGACAAGUGGUGUAUUUCUGGACAGUGUGUAGUUGUGGGUAAACUCCCAGAGACCGUGAAUGGAGGCUGGGGAUCGUGGGGUAAAUGGUCCCACUGCUCCAGGACCUGUGGAACAGGAGCUCAGUCUGCAGAGAGGGAAUGUAACAAUCCCAAACCAGAAUUUGGAGGAAAGUAUUGCACUGGAGAAAGGAAGCGUUAUCGGACAUGUAACACCAAACCUUGUCAGAAUAAGAAACCCUCCUUCAGAGAGAUGCUCUGCAGCGAGUUUGACACAGUUCUUUAUCACAAUGAGCUCUAUCAGUGGAUCCCAGUUGUUAACCCAUUAAAUCCCUGUGAACUUCACUGCCGACCAGUUACUGAGAAUUUUUCGGAGAAGAUGCUCGACGCGGUGACCGAUGGGACCCCAUGCUUCAUGAAGAACAAGUCCAGAAACAUCUGUGUUAACGGAGUGUGCAAGGAGGUCGGCUGCGACUUUGGUAUUGACUCUAAUGCAGUGGAGGAUCGUUGUGGAGUCUGUCUGGGCGACAACACAAGCUGUGAGACAGUUUAUAGGACGUAUAAUGAACAAGAAGGUUUUGGGUACGUAGACGUGGGGGUGAUACCUGAGGGCGCCCGGGACAUUCUGGUGAAGGAAGCUGAGGAGGCAGGUAACUUCCUGGCCCUGAGAAGUGUGGGGUCAGACGAGUACUUCCUCAACGGGAACUUCAUCAUCCAGUGGAAUGGCGAGUAUGAGGCGGGUGGGACGACGUUCUAUUAUGAACGCAGCGGAAACAUGGAGAACCUCACAGCCCCUGGACCUACCAAUCAGCCAGUCAUGCUCCAGUUGCUGUUUCAGGAAAUGAAUCCAGGUAUUAAGUUAGAAUACACCAUCAAGAAGACCAGAGUUACAGAAAAUGAGGUCCCUGAACCUAUUUACAGCUGGAGACACGGAGCCUGGACGGACUGCAGCACCACCUGUGGCCUAGGAGAGCAGCACCAGCCCGUGCUGUGCUUUGAGGUAGAAGUGGGUGUCGUGGACGAGUCUCUCUGUGACCCAGACAGCCGUCCAGAAGACCGACACCGCAAGUGUAAGAACAUGGAAUGUCCUGCUAGGUGGUGGGUUGGUGGUUGGCAGCAGUGUACAGAAACUUGUGGAUCAGAAGGAUUAAGGAAGAGGACCGUUCUUUGUGUACGGACUGUUUCAGGGGAGGAGAGGGUACUCCACCCUGUGGAAUGUAAGCAUCUGCUUAAACCAAAACCUGUGGUGCCAUGCAACAGAGAUGUGCCAUGUGGGCAGGAAUGGGAUGUUGGCAACUGGGAAGAGUGCCCUGUCACAUGUGGAGGAGGCGUGCGCUCACGCACCGUGAUGUGCACAUUGGCACCAAAGAAGACAUGUGACCCCUCGACCAAACCCAGGUCCAAAUCACUGUGUGCUUUGCAGAGCUGCCCAAACUCAAAUCUUCACAGACGACCAGGGAUUCCCCCUCUGUACCGCCACAUUUACACAAAUAAAACUCACCCUACUAAACAUCCUGGCUCAUCACCAUUAGCACCUAUAAGCUCCACAGCUGCACCUACAGCAACCACCAAAGAAACUACAACUAGUACCACAAAAUCCACUUUAAGUCCUGAAGCUACAGUUAUUGAAAUUAUAGACUCAGAAGAUGAAGAAUUUAGCGUUUUGGUAAAGAAAAAUAAGGAAGCAAAAAGGAAAAUUUAUCCUAAUAAAUCAAGUUCAGUUAAUAAAGAAAUGAAAAUAAGUGUUAAAGAGGAGGAAAAUGUUGACAUAGAGGAGGGAAGCACUGAGGAUAGGGUGCUCUACUCUCCAGGAUAUGAUUAUAUUGUGGAGGACAAGACGAAAGAAGAAGAGAAGAUUAUUGACCUGGACCUUUUCACCACGGUGACAUCUCUACCAAGUCUUCUUCAGAGAACCACACCAAAACCACAAGCACGUCCACUUAUCAAACAUAUAACUACAGAUCCACCUACAACUGCUUCGCCAUUCUCUCUUACCAGUACUGACACAUGUGCAAGGGCAACCCGCCACUUACCCAACAUCAACACCACCUCAGAUGUCAAACCAUACCGCCCAUGGACACAACAGGUUCCUCUAACCACUCCCAUGUAUAAGUCUGGCUCUGUCCUAUUAAAAACUGUCAUCAAAAGAAAGCAAGUUCCUGCAAAAACUGUGAGAAAACCAUCCAUUACUGCAGCUUCACCUCAUGUACCAUUUACUGACUUGAAAACGUCCCCUGCAACAACCAACAAAAACUCUCCCACUCCUCGUCCUAAGAAAUCUUCUUCCAGGUCCAAAGGAAGCCACUUCAAGAGCCAAAACCAGGAACCAAGAAGUCCGCAAAGUAGUUCCACCAGUGACCAAAGCAACCUGAUGGCCAGAGAACCAGUUAGUAUGGAUGUGUACUGGGUUGUUGGAAACUGGAGCGAGUGUUCAACAACUUGUGGGAUUGGAGCUUUAUGGAGAACAGUGAUGUGCAGUUCAGAGAAUGAUGAGGACUGUGCCAACAUAAAGAGACCUGAACCCGCACGAACAUGCCACCUGCAGCCAUGCGCUACCUGGCAAACUGGCAGCUGGAGCAAGUGUCCAGAAAACUGUGGGUUGGUGAGAAGGAGGCACCGUGAUGUCCAGUGUGUUGAUUCUCAAAGUAAACGUCCCCUCAGACCUUUCCACUGUCAGACUGUGUCCAGCAGACCCCUAAGCACCCUGGUUUGCCCCCACAAGCCCUGUAUGAACUGGACCGUGUCACCCUGGGGACUGUGCUCUGGCAGCUGUGGUGAAGGCAUCAGGCAGCGACUGGUGUACUGCCCUGAACCUCAUCGUUGCAGCACCACUUUCAGGCCAAACAACACAGAACUGUGCAGUUUAAAGACUUGCAAUCGCUGGGAAGCUGAGGACUGGGGGAAAUGCUCUGUGAGCUGUGGUGAGGGUCAACAGCAGCGUGCAGUCAGCUGUGUGAGCGGGAAUUUGGCCAUUGUGCCAAACCGCUUCUGUGAGAGCUCUAAACCAGAAACACUCAGGAAAUGCAACAUGCAGGAAUGCAAGAAAAACCCAGUUUGCAGAAAAAACACCAUGUCCUCCCGCUUCUGUGACAAGCUGAAGCUGCUGGGUCGCUGUGUGCUCAGGUCGGUCCAGAGACAAUGUUGCUUCACCUGCAGGGGUCUACCAAGACUGGACCCAUCCUGACUGCAAGACUAUCUACCUUAUGUUCAUAAAUUACUGGUACGAAACAACAGCCAUCCAGAGACUGAGAAACCAAAGUGCUAAUGGAAACUGUAGCAGGCCAAACUUAAUCAUCAUCAGCAUUGGUCAACUGUAUUUGUUUUAUUUUAUUUUUUUCUUUCAUGUGUUUGGUACAUGUUAACCUACUUUAGUAAAAUGUUUGGUCAAAACUAGGUCAUUUCUUUCAUUUAAAAUAGAAAACAAGUUGAUAUUAGCUGGUUAAUGAGUCAGGCUAUCUGGUCAGGUACACAGAAACAGAAAGGCUACUCAUAGCUGGUCAGCUGUAGUUUUAAAACUGCAAUACUUAAUAAAAGUAGCCCCGUUCUUUCCUGGAAGGAGUACAGAAAAUGCCCACAUUCACAUUGAAAGCGUAUGGUUUUAAAAAUGAUUAAGCCUUAGACAGAAUCAAAGCUUUAUCAGGGGUAAUCAAUUUAAAGACAGGUAUUUUGCAGGGUGGUAGCUGUGCACGGCUGGUGAGUACGCUACAUCACAGUGCUUAUUCUCUGUAGAGUGAUCGGUGGUCCUCUUUUAGUAACUUGGCAUCUUUCUCUGUGUCCAUGUACGCAAGUCUCUUCGACUAGGCAUGCACCCCUGUUCAUACUAUUUUAAGCUUAGCUGAACAACUGCGUUCCGCUAAGUUUUCACUAAAGACUCGUAGGGGCGGUAAAGAGCUGGUUUAUACACUGCCUACUCAGGGGAGAAGAAGAAAGACAGAACCAAGACGAAAGUACAAGGUGAUGUCUCACCACAAUAUCAUUGCAGUUUUUGUGUUUACCUAAAAGGUAAAUUAUGCACACUGAGAAAACAACAGCUUUCUAAUCACUACAUGUCUUCUUCUUUUUUUCCUCAUAAUCUGACUUGUUUUUUUCAUCUGCUGUGUUUGGCGCCACCCUCUGAUGAAAAUUGUAUCACUUAGUAUAAAGCAAUAAUAUCCAAAACACUCAAAUUUAUCUUUUGUGCUUUUCUUGGGAAAAGUGUGGUAGCCUUGCAGCCAGCUGAGCAGUGGUGUGCAGAAACCGUUACAUUACAUUAUGCGCCAUGCAGCCAUAAUAAAUCUGUGGUCACUCUAGCACUUUCUCUGGCCUUUCGUUAAAAGGACUCCAAACUACAGAAAUAAUAUUUGGAGUAUUAUAAACAGUAACUUUUUAUUACCUUAAAUGACUUAAUACAGACAACAGGCUUUAUGUACCAGAACAAGUAAUUCUGGAUCAAAGGUGCUUUUAUAGCUUAAUAAAGGUGCUAUUAAAAUGAAACUGCUGAUGAUUCGCAGCUAAUCCUUCAUGUUUUUUUUUUUGGUUUUUUUAAUGAACUAGUAAAAACAG